UUGAUUGAAGAUUAAAGAUGUUGAGCAGAAUAACGUCGAGAUUUGCACAAGGAAAAAAGAUGAAUAAUAAGAAACGCAAAGGUAAAGGUCCAAUGGAGCCUGAAAUAGACCCUAAUGUUGGAGAUUUGGAAGUUCCAGAUACCGGGUUCGAUGAAGAUAGCGAAGAUGAAACAACACCGUCCGUGGUAUCCCUAGAUAACUACAAUUGCCUGGAAGAUAGUGACAAACACGCUUCUACAGAUAUUACAUAUUCAAGCGAUCCAAAAUUCAGGUACCAACAUCGUGGUUCACUCUUUUCGGUCAUUGUUUAUUAUAAGGAGAUAACAAAACAUAGUCCAAAAAUUAAAUACAUUAUCGACAAGGCAGGAUGGGGACGUUUAUUAGCCAUGGAAAUAGGAGAAGCAUCACACCCAGUGAUUGAUUAUCUUGUUGAACGUUGGUGGGAUACAACGCAUACUUUUCACUUCCCUUUUGGUGAAAUGGGAUUCACGCCGCUUGAUUGGGUAGUGUUGACAGGAUUGAGUAUUGGAAUUGGGGAUGAUGUUCCGUAUAACCCAGUCAAGUACAAAUUUGAUUAUGUCCGUGAGCAUGUUUUUCCAGAAAUAGAAGAACCCUUAGAUUAUGAAGAUCCCCCAAUCUCUGGAAAAAAACGCCCCCCGACACAGUGGAUUUCAGAUGCAAUCACAAUUAAAUUUUUGACUACGUAUUUCAAAGAAGAUAUCUUGGUUGCAGCUAAUUUGGAUGACAAACUUGCAGAAAAAGUGGCGAGGGCCUUUUUUAUGUAUGUUUUGGGAAAUUUUUUCUUUUCCAAUGCAAAGAACUACAUUGAUGCGGCUUGGUUAGCUGCUUUUGAGGAUCUAAAUGCAGUUGAUAUGUAUGACUGGGGUGGUCCUGCUUUUGCAAAAUUGUAUGUGGCACUCAACGCAUCUGGUAGGGGACAGAAGUCAUUAUCUGGGCCGUUCCAAAUAUUAGAGUUUUGGGGAUAUGAAUAUCUGGGCAUAUGUAGACCGUGCGACCCAACUAGUGAAGAAAAAUGGCCAAGAACUUCCCGGUGGAAAGCGAAGAAAAAGACUAUCGAUAUUGUUCACUGUAGGAAUGCGCUUAAUCAGUUGACUGCAGACAUCGUGACAUGGAGACCGUGGGAAUCCGCCAUUGGUGUUCUUGACUCUGAUGUUGGUCGCAGGGCUGUGGAGCUUUCAAACAAAAGGGUUAUAUUUACUUGGAUUGGCAAGAAUAUGUGGUACCUAGGAGAACGAUCUUGGAGGCAAAAUCAUCCUACUUUUGGAAUUCCUAGAAAUCCACCAUUUAAAAUUGGCGAGGUCAGUCAUGAGAAAGCAAAACUUGUGAAAGAAGCUGGAUGGGUAGAUGCAAAUAUGUUUGUGAAAGCUGUUUCAUAUAAUAUGUAUCUGCGAUAUUGGCGACAUGUAACUAACUUCCAUCAAUUCGUGACCAAAGUCGAUUGGGUAGUUGAAUUACACGGGGUUGAUGGUGACCGUGUUAAACACCUUAUUCAACGACCUGCUCAGCAUGUACCUAUUCCACCACCACAACAAUUAUCAUACCCUGAAGCUUAUAAUCUAGUUCAAGAACAUGCCGAUUUUAAUCGUGCGUUUCGCGAGUUUGUAUUAUAUGAAACGGAAGACAGGAUGAUACGUUUAAAGGCAAAAGAUGAAGUAAUACGAGGCCUUGCAGCUCGUAACAAUUACCUGGAGGAUCAGAUGCAAUUCCGUAUGCAACAAACGCCGCGUCCCCCUAUUGGAUUCGGCAGUUUUUCUGAAACUAUCCCACCAGCGGUGUGGGCUCCAGUGAGUCAAGCAUCAACAAUGUCGUCUGUUAACCCCCAUCCGAGAAUGACGUUUAUCCCACCACGAGGCAAACACCAUCGCAUACUCCUACUGAUGAAUAACUUUUACUCAUCAGAUGAAGAUGCGGUUGCAUUGAGCCGAAAUAAUCUAGCAGUUAGUUUGGGAACUGCCAUUACAAGUAUGACAUGGUCUCAUACUCGUAUAAAAAUACCAAGAAAUCGUGAAGCCGGAGAUAUACUUCUCUGGAAUGACUACUUUUCUGACAACCCCACCUACCCAGCUAACAUAUUUCGUAGGAGAUUCAGAAUGCGGCGAGAAUUGUUCAACCGAAUAUUGGCAGAUGUGGUGUCUAGAAAUCCUUAUUUUGCUCAAAAAAGAGAUGCUUGUGGCAUUCUUGGAUUAUCCCCUCAUCAGAAAGUAACUGCAGCAAUCCGAAUGUUAGCUUAUGGAUGUGCAGCAGAUGCAAUAGAUGAGUAUUUACGCAUUGGAGAAACCACCGUUUUAGAAGCAACCCGUCGGUUUUGCAAGACGAUUGUGAUUGCUACUAUUGUGAUGGCCAUUAAACAACCAGAUUCACCGAAAAAAUAUAAAUUUUCAUCGAUGCAAGAGGGAGCACGGAAAGAUGUAGAGCGUGGAUUUGGUGUACUGCAACAACAAUUUGCCAUUGUCAAACAACCUGCACGAAUGUGGAACCCGGAUGUGCUUGCCUAUAUAAUGAAAACGGUUAUUAUUUUACAUAAUAUGAUAGUGGAGGAUGAGCGUCUUCCCGGUGAUUGGCCACAUGAAUAUGACUCACGUAGCAGGUCGGCACCGGUGAAUAUAUCGAGGGUAGGUACUGAGGAACUUUCCAGAAUGAGAGCUGCACAUCGGCGUCAUGCUAUACACAAUAAAGAAACACAUUUUCGCUUGCGUCAAGAUUUAAUCGAACACAUAUGGUCAAAUUUUGGAGAUAAUUAUUAA